UGAGGAAAAAGAAAAUUGUCGUGAUCGUGACAACGCGAUCUUAGUCUGGAAGCUCGGGAGGAGCUUUAGCAAAGCAAAGAAAAGCUUUAUCGAUUCGAUUUUGGCGUUCCUGGAGGAAGAAAGGGAGGGAAAUGGCGUCUGAGCUCCAGCAAUUGAGGUUUAACCCGCCCCAAUCUAACGCAUCCGACGAAUCCUCUGCCAAAGACGAUCACCCACUCUUGAACUCCGACUCUCCCGCCGUCGCCGACCAGGAUUCCGACGAUCUUCACCAGAAUUAUGCUGCCUUUGUCCGAAGAGACGUUUACGGCACCAUGGGCCGAGGAGAGCUUCCGUGGAUGGAGAAACUGCUGCUCGCAUUGGCCCUGCUUACAAUCGUUCCUAUACGGGUGGUUAUUGGGAUGAGUUUGCUGGUUCUCUAUUAUACAAUUUGCAGAGUUUGUACGUUAUUUCACGAUCCGAAUAGGGAGACAGAUGAGCAGGAGGAUUACGCGCAUAUGGUUGGAUGGAGGAGGUCUGUGAUUGUUUGGACCGGAAGAUUUCUGUCUAGAGCCGUGUUAUUCGUGUUAGGGUUUUAUUGGAUUUCGGAAGUUUAUCGAAUCCCGCCUAAUGGGGACAAGUCAACUGACGAGAACGAAGGGCAAGAGAAGUCUCAAGAGUCUGAAAGACCUGGGGCUAUUAUCAGCAACCAUGUAUCAUAUUUGGAUAUUUUGUAUCAUAUGUCUUCUUCCUUCCCAAGCUUUGUUGCUAAGUUCAUCUUUAGGUUUGACUUUUCUGAUCCUCGAUUUUUCAUCUUCUUGUUUUGGCUGAAGAGAUCAGUGGCUAAACUUCCUCUAGUUGGUAUUAUCAGCAAGUGCCUUGGCUGUGUCUAUGUUCAAAGGGAGUCAAAGACAUCUGAAUCUAAGGGUGUUUCAGGUGUUGUGAGUGAAAGAAUUCGAGAAGCUGUGAAGAAUAGCUCUGCUCCCAUGAUGAUGCUUUUUCCAGAGGGAACAACUACCAAUGGGGAGUAUCUCCUGCCAUUCAAAACGGGUGCCUUUUUGUCGAAAGCUCCCGUUCUUCCGUAUAUUUUAAGAUAUCCGUAUCAGAGAUUUAGUUUGGCCUGGGAAUCAAUAACAGGGGGCCGUCAUUUUCUACUUCUUCUCUGUCAAUUUGUAAAUCACAUGGAGGUAAUAAGAUUGCCUGUCUACGUCCCAUCACCAGAAGAAAAGGAUGAUCCGAAGCUUUAUGCUAACAAUAUCAGAAGGUUGAUGGCAAAAGAGGGAAAUAUGAUGCUUUCGGAUAUUGGGCUCCCAGAGAAGCGUGUUUAUCUUGCUGCUCUGAAUGGUAUACCACGCCAAUGCUAAUUUGGGAUGUCAUCUUCUGUAAAUUCUUGUAGAUGAUAAAUAUAUGGAAAACACCAUCACCACCACCAUGUGCAACAACCAUUCAUUUAACUAAUAUCGUCUCAAAUAAACUUGUUUGUAUGAUUCUUUUCGAGAAACACUUCAAUUUUGGUGAUAGCUUGUGUGCAUAUACGUGUGAGUCUCAUCAAAUUUAGGGUUUCUAGUUUUGAAGCUGAGGUUUCAGUUCACUUGUGAAUCUCACCAUAAUUUGCUUGAGAGUCAUUACAUAAUCCUGCAGGCUGGGCUUCUAUCACAAGAUGAUGAGGGUGGUUUUAUGUUCAUGAAAUGCUGCUGCCUGUGCGAAAUAUCGUCCUCGGGUUUUGACCCUUUACUUCAUUAGAGAUAUCGUGUUUGAUUCAGUUAAAGUUUACUAUAUAAACAUUCUCUAUCAUGAAUUUUAUGUUGUUAUUUACCAAAAAGUAGUGAUAGUAAAGGAAAUCAUAGGUUGAAAAUCACCAA